UGCAGAUACGAAGAUACUAGAUCGACGCUAACAAGCUUGGUGCCUGUACAGGCAGCCCGGAUCGAUACGUGCAAUAUCUCUGAGACCCAACGACCAGGUUGACGUUCUAACGCCUUCUAUUUGCAGUGCAUUGGGAAGACAGGUUGUCGUAUAAGAAUCGGGCUCCUGCAGACAGAUGCAGACUCACUAUCAUCAAACUGCAAACUGCAAACCACAAGCAGUCCUCAUCGAGUCACAAUCUCAAGCAAAUCUUAAAGAACAGAGUCGAUCAACAUCAUUCCAUCACACCUCCGCCAUGAAGUUCACAGCCCUUCUCUUCGCGCUCACCACACUCUCCGCCACGGCGUGGGCAUCCUCUCCAAAGGUCAACAGCGAACCGCGUCUCGCCAUGUCCAGAGCUAGAGUCUCAUCGAAACUCGCCAGAGCGCCUGUGGAGCCAGCGGUGGAAGACCACGUUGCACUCAACUAUCUUUCAAACGCCAUCCGUGAUGCUUCCACGCUCGUGGUCAAAACGAAGAACAGUGCGCGCGGCAUGAGCGGACGCAUGGCACGCACGUCCGCGGCAGGUCGGGCACAGCGUCGGUCUGCGGAAGUGCCGGCGCAAACGAAUGUCAAACGAGUUGAGAGGACGGGUGGUAUGGGCAGAGUGCAGCCAUAUAUGCCGAGAUCGGCUCAAGCGCAAAACCCACAGCAGGAGCAGGCAAAACAACCCAAGGGACAGCAAAAACAGGCCAAGGGUCAACAAAAACAGGCCAAGGGGCAGCAGAAGCAGAAGCAAAGCAACAGCAACAGCAGCAAUGGGGCUGUGUAGAACCC